AUGGAGGUGGUAGAGACCAGGCCUGCAGGGGAUGGCACUUUCCAGAAGUGGGCAUCUGUGGUGGUCUCUUCCGGGGAAGAACAGAGAUACACAUGUCAUGUGAAUCAUAAGGGGCUGCCUGAAGUCAUCACCCUGAGAUGGGAGCCUCCUGAACCCACCAUUCCCAUCAUGGCUAUUGUUAUUGCUGUGGUUCUUGGAACUCUGCUUAUGGGAGCAGUGACAACUUUUCUGAUAUGGAAGAAGAGGACUAGAGGGCCUAGAACAUGGUGAUUUGCCUGGCAGAUCCUCU